AUGGGUCUUUUUAAAAACAAGUCAUCCUCCUUGAUAACAGCCUUGAAAUAUCCUAAUACUCUCGGAGAGUUAUUGAAACAAAAAGAUGAGUAUACCAUUCGGAUGAGAAAUGAUGAGGAGGCAAGAAAGGAAGCAGAAAGGAGGGAACAACUUGCUGAAUUGGAGGAAGCAAAAUUACCCUUCUACAAACGACCCUUUUAUAAGAAACAUAUCAAACCAAAAAUAUUAUUUAUUGUGGAUCGAAAUCGAUGGUUCAACAAGAUGUGGAUUCUCAUGAUUUUUUGUAUUGAGCUGUAUAAUAGUUUUUUAAUACCUUAUCGAGCUGCUUUUGAUUAUGACAAUUCCUUGUAUUGGUAUUGUGUGGAUGCUCCUUUUGAUUUUUUACUUUGGGUAGAUGUGGUCAUGAACUUUUUCUAUCCCUAUCGAGAUCAGAUGAAUAUUCUUAUUACAGACUUUAAGAAGACUGCAAAGCGAUACAUGUUCAAGGAGAAGAUUGGAUUUUUUGCAGACUUUAUUUGUCUGUGUUUACUCGAUUGGAUUCCUGUUGCCAUUGGAGCUGCAACUAAUGGCUCCAUGACAUAUACAGCUGUGUGGCGUUUGAAUCGAGCGCUCUUUUUUUUUCGAGCUCUUAAACGUUUGACUAGAAUUGAAGCCCUUGUUCCAGAUCGAUUUGCCUUGCUCUCCAAAAUGGUCAAGCUGCUCAACUUUGUCAUUAUUGUCGUCAUGUCCGUACACAUUGUGACAUGUUGUUGGUUCCCGAUUGUAAUGUCAGAGUAUCCAGAUUCUCAAGUAUUCACUUUGAGCGCAUCAAUCUUUGAACCUACAACGUCAACUCUCUACAAGUACAUGCUUGGUGUAUAUUGGAGCUUGGUGUCCAUGUCAGGUUUUGGAGGCACUAUGCCUUCUUCCAAUUUACAAGUCGCAUUUUGUACUCUGGUAUACUUGGUUGGAAUUGCCGUCUUCGUUACUGUGAUUGGUAUUGUGUCCGACUUGGCUCAAAAUUUGAAUAUUACCGAGAGUGCUUUCAUUGAAAAAUUGGAUUCUGUGACCGAUUACAUCAAUUCUCGAGGUUUGUCGCCCGAGCUGAAAAAACAAAUAUUACAGUAUUAUCAAUAUUUGUGGAAAAGUAGAAAGGGUUUGGACGAAUCGAAAAUCAUUCGUGAAUUGCCAGAUUUUCUGAAAAUCGAUGUUGCCAUGCAGCUAAAUGCAGAAAUUGUGAAAAAGGUGGAAUUGUUCAAAUCAUGCUCUCAAAAUUUUAUUCAUGAAGUUGUGAUUAAUCUGAAACCAAGAAUUGUCAUGCCUGGUUCAUACGUCAUUCGAGAAGGAGAACCAGGAAAUGAAAUGUUUUUCAUUGGUAAAGGAGUUGUUGAAGUAAGAUCCAAAACUGGACAGCUCUGGUCGACCUUGGGAAGCGGUUCUUUUGUUGGAGAGACUGCUCUUAUUGACUCUGUUAAAAGAACUGCCAAUGUCAUUUCGACAGAGUAUGUAGAUUUGUUCGUCCUCGAGAAGCAUGCCUUCGACGAAAUCAUGUCCACCUAUCCAGAGGAUGCAAAAAACGUCAUUGCAACAAGUGAAGCAAGAAAACAAAUGAAUAAGCAAAAGGCAGCCCUUAAUAGUGGGAUUCCUUUCGAAAAAAUUAACAAAUUAUUGGACAGUAUUGGUUGUUCGUAUGUUGAUGUUGAAGGUCAUGAUCUAUUUAUGUCUCUAUCAAUCACCGUUGGAGAAUCCAGAGAUGUCAUUCAGAGACACAUCGAAGAAUAUAUUAGAGAUAAAGAUCAUGAGAUCCAGAACCACAUUAAAACAGAGCAUAAACAUGAGAAAAUUGAUGAAUAUUUUGAUCAUAUGAAGAAGGGGAAAAUCAAGCCUGGAUUUAAUGAAAUUGCUGCGGCAGCUAAAAACUAUGGGAGAACAAUUGUAUUGGCUAAACCUGCUGGACAAGGUGAUGAUUUCAAUGGAGUAUUUGUUUUAUUCGAUCAACACACUGGAACCACGCACGAAGCUAAGGAACUUGUAGAUUUAUUUACAAAUACCGAAAAAUAUCACAAUCCAAUUAUUAUUGUUUCAACAGGAAAGGAAGGAGGUUUUCUUGCGGCAACAAGGAAAAAGUAA